AUGGAAAACUUAUUCUCGGGAGAACCUUUCGAAUACUCUGAAUACUUCGUGAAAACGAAGUUACAUGAGUGGAAAGAAAAGUACUUUCUUUUAUGGUUGGAAGAGAGUGGCAAAGAUCUGUUCGGGAAGCAGACCAUCUCAAGACCAACGAAUGAUAUGGCACAAACGUUUCCUGAAAUCUCUAGAAGCUGUCAUUUCCCAUUGCAAAUGCUUUUUAGGCAACACUGCGCGAACCACAGCCAGGGACGCCGUCGAUUUUGCGAUCUUACGCUAAAUCUAGUGGACAUGAACGCUGCAACCGAACAGACCGUGAAAAAGGUUCCGAAUGACGUUUCUGAAUGGUGGAUGCAGCGGGAACUUAAUAAUUUCAAAGGACGUGAGAAAUUGAGCAUGGUUCGAGACUCGUUAUCUCAGGUUGAGUGGACGGCAGCUCGGAAUAAGGAAACACGGGAAGUGGAUGCUUUAGGUGAAGAUGGUGCAAAACACGACAACGAUUUUGAGUCAGUAGAAAAAGAACCGAAAAGACUUAGGAAGCAUGCUGAGAAUGUCCUUCCUGAUGGCUCAGUGCUAUCACCACCACCAGCAGAUUUCAUUUCUUUGAGUGACGUAGCUAUAUGUGAUAGUGACGAUGAUGACGACGAAGAAAUCCCUACUAUGAACAGUUUUUUCAGUUCUGUGCCGGCUAACAUACAGAAUUGGAAUUUGCCCUCAUGA